UCAGUUUCGUUUCUGAGUUGACUGCAGAGGAACUUCCCACCCAGGAAGACGGAAGUGGAGCUGCUGGGCAGUUGUCAGCAAUUCAGUGCCUAAGAGCUGUGCACGAGGGAACAAGUCCGGACCAAGGGACUUAGUAAAAUUUCUCAGGAAGGAUGAUGGCCUCAUCGCCAGCAAUCAGGAAGAUGAGGAAAGAAGCCAUUUGUACCAUCUGCCAGGAGCUGAUGACAGAGCCCACGAGCAUCAACUGUGGGCACAGCUUCUGCCGUCCCUGCAUAGACAACAUCAAUGGACAGCAACAUCUCAUGACAUCUUUUAUUUGGCUGGUUCGCUGUCCUCUGUGUCAAACACCAAUUCAAAAGGAGAGUCUCCGGCCCAACAAGCACCUAGAAAACCUCAUUGAGAGCAUCAGGGAGCUGGAGCAGGAGAGGCUGUGUGAGGAGCAUGGGGAGCAGCUGCACCUGUUCUGUGAGGACGACGGGCAGCUCAUCUGCUGGUGCUGUGAGCGGUCCCCCCGGCACAGAGGACACAACACGGCGCUUGUGAAAGACAUAUGUCCAGGCUACAAGGAGAAACUCCAAGAGGUUGUAACACAGCUGAAGAGAGUGCAAGAACUCUGUGCAAGUGCGAAGUUGUUCACGAGAGAGCAAAUAAAUGAAUGGGAGGAGAACAUAGAGCUCCGGAGGCAAAAAAUCCAGUCUGACUUUAGGAACCUCCAUAACUUCCUCCAUGAAGAGGAGAAAGCUUAUCUGUGGAGACUGGAGACAGAGAGAGAGCAGCUGCUGAAGAGACUGCAGGCCGGUGAAGCCAGUCUGGACAAGCAGAACCUUGAACUCCAGAACCUCCUCCUGGAGCUAGAGAAGAAAUGUCAGGGCUCAGCCCAGAAUUUGCUGCAGGAUGUGAAAGACACAUUAAGCAGGAACUCAGAUGUGACGCUGCAACUGCCAGAUAUCUGCUGUUUGGAGCCUCAAACUGCGUGCAAUGUUUCUGAGCUUUACUUUGAUGUGAAGGAAAUGUUCAAGAGCAUCCAAGUCAGCGUGACUCUGGAUCCAGACACAGCUCAUCCUGAACUAAAGCUGUCUGAGGAUCAGCGACAAGUGUCCCGUGGAGAUGCCCAGGAAAAGCAUCCCAAUUCUAGGAGAUUCUGUACCUUACCCUGUGUCCUGGGCUGUGAGGGCUUCACCUCAGGAAGACAUUACUUUGAAGUGUGUAUGGGAGAAGGAACUGCAUGGGACAUAGGAGUUUGUCUGGAAAAUGUGCAGAGGGACAGGAACAUAAACCCAGAUCCUCAGUCUGGCUUCUGGGCCAUCAGACUCUCUGAGCCCAAUGGCUACCUGGCCCUCACCUCCCCGCCAACUCCCCUUCCACUGAGGGAGCGGACUCUGCUUGUGGGGGUGUUUCUGGACUGUGAGGCUGGACUUGUGUCAUUUUACAACAUGAAAACUGGCUCGCACAUCUUCACCUUCCCAAGGGCCUCCUUCUCUGACACUCUCCGGCCUUAUUUCCAGGUUAAUCAUUUUUCUCCCUUCUUCCUCCUUCCACCAUAGGAGUAAAUUAAAUUUUUGUUUAGCCAUCAUGGAUUCAUAAUGUCAGUCCUAUUAAGACAGAAUUUUGGUGUGCUUUGUUCUGCUGUUUCCUUUUGCCUAGAAGGGUGCAGUGUUCUAGGUGGACACUGAAUGAGUAUGCGGUGGAUGAGUGGACAUAGCCACUCACAAAUAGCAGAGAAUGUGAGCCUGACCAGGGGAGAAGGAGAGAACAAAAGGGAGCUUCCCUAGACCUCUCCAUCCCCUCCAGUGGGUCAGAGCUCUGAUUUGCAAGGAUCUUGGUCUGAUGCCGGUGUAUGGCCUCUUUCAUUUCAUAAUGUUUUCAAUCCUCAUUAUCAUUGUAGCAUGUCUCAGUAUUUGAUUCCUUUAUGGACUAACACUAUUCCAACACUAAGCCUCAUUAGCAUUGUAACAUGCUUCAGUAUUUGAUUCUUUCAUGGAUUCACACUGUUCCGCUGUUUGCAUUUCACAUGGUGUGUGUGCCCAUUCACCAGUGGAUGGACAUUUGGGCUGCUUCCACUUUGGGGCUAGUUCAAAUAAUGCCACUGUGAACAAUGUUGUAUAAGUUUCUGUGUGAUUAUGCUUAAAUUUAGGGGUAUGUGCCUAGGUGUAGAAUUGCGGCAUCAUGAGGCAAUUUGUUCGACUUUUAAAGAAAUUAUGUGUUUUACAAUAAAGUGACACAUUGUAUAUCCUCGA